AUGACUCCCUUGGCAGUGCUCCCUACUGGCCAAACCUUACAGUCAGAGGACAAGGGAUUGUUUUAUCAUUAUUUCAAUAUACAAUGGAGUCUGACCUCCAGCGUACAAGUUGAAUGGAUCGCAGCGGCUAGGACAGCUGCCACUUGUUAUCUAACUUACAAAAGGUUUUGUGUUCAAGAUCAUUGCAGCAAAUCUAUGGUAAACCUUUAUAUCCAGGACAGCCCCAAGACAGUACGUGCUUUUGUCCUGGAGCAUUUGGGAGAUAAAGCUGUGCACUGCCAUGGUUGGAGGUCCAAGAAGUGCUCAUUCUGUGAUGGAUCUCACACAACAUACAAUGAAGAGACUGGAGACAACAUGGGACUUCUGCUCCCUAAGAAAAAAAGAGACUUAAAUGGACAGUUCUGGUGCUGCAAACCAACUUGUCAUGGUGUUACCUGA